ACAUCGGGCAGUGGGAUGGGCAUCUUUGGGAUGGUGAAAAUAUGUUUUCUUUUAAAACUUCAAGGACAUACAGAGGAGACAAAAUUAUACCAUAAGAACCCGAAAAGGCUAGAGAUACUCAUCAGUUAGUCCAAGAAACACAACAGAAUCAAUGGAAGUACGUACCCAACAACAUGGAGAAACAACCAAUGUGCAAAAGACAACAAGCUGGCAAAUACAAAAAGAAAGAAAAAAAGAAUAAUAAGUGGGCCGUGGUGGGCAGCGGCCUGUAGGAUGUGGCUGACGCUGGUGCCACUACUGCUGGUGUCGGCCUCUGCCGUGAGCGGCCACAACGUCAGUGAAGGAAAGGCAGAGGACUCCAAAGACGAGCUCUUGCUCUGCAGGUCGUGCGGUUACGAGGUGGCUGCCAGUCGGGACCUUAAAUUCGUGGCCAGUCCCUUGGCUUUAGCUCUGAAGAACGGCACGUUGAUCGGAGAGCACAGGGUGCCAGUGCAACUCUUUCAGAACCCCCAGGGUUAUCGUUUCCAGGUGCUCACUUUCAAGAGCGCCGUUGUCCACAAGCAUUGGCCGGCAGAUGAACAGUUUUCCUGGUUUCCAGGAUACUCUUGGACAGUAGCAACGUGUCCCAGAUGUCACAGCCACUUAGGGUGGUCUUUUCAGCCUGAUAACUGGCCUCCAUAUGUUACAGAUGAAGAAUUUGAAGAAUCUGAAGAGACAUUUAUUGCUUUGAUUGUGGACAGACUUCUGCAAGAGAACUUUGCUGCUACACUUCUCAUGGUGCCCAAGUCUUAUCAAAGAUAAAUCAAUGUUAUUUUUAUAAUAAAUUUUAAUUAUUGUGGAGUAAAUUACC